CUCUACAAAUGGCCUCAAACCCCGAGGGACUCUCAACUCGGUCGUGCCAUCGAGGCCUAGCACGAAGAGCUCUCGUGGUCGGCUCUGGGGAGCCAAGCAGCUCCCCUUCCAGGCGUACUCAGAGUGCUCUGGGUCCCUGCUCUAGUCGCCAGGGGUCUUUGCGACUUUGACCAGUAGGAGCAGGAAACAGCAGAGCCAGGCCGCCUCCUGCGGUUUCCAACUCUACCCCAGCAACAGCGCCGGAGCCCCAGCCAGGCGACCCAGCGCCGCGCCGCGCGCGGGGAGAGAAGCAGCUGUUCCCAACAGCUGGGGGGCGGCGGCGCCGGGCGCCCCAGGUGCUGUCCCGGCCAAUCGCAGGCGUCCGGCCCGCCCCCUCCCCAGCCGGGCGUCGACCCCCGGGCCGCUGGGGAAGGGAGCAGAGGGGUGGAGAGCUGUCCUCCGUCCGCACUGGUCUGGCAGCUCCCGGGAAGGAGGGACCAUCACCAACCCCAGCCGGGCCCAGCGCCGCGCCCCCAGCUGCCACCUCCGCGCCCCGGGGCACAGUGGCUGAGCCUCUCCCCCCUACCACCCCAGCCACUCGAUUUUUUUUUUUUUUAGAAACGUCUACCUCUUCUGGACUCGGAGACCACCACCCUCUCUUUGCAUUUUAUUAUUAUUAUUUUUUUUUUUUUUUUUUUUUACUUCCACGAGGGGUGAGUGCAAAAGGCUCGCGCAGUCUACAGCCGCGCAGCUGGUCACUCGGACGUUCGGGAGGGUCUGAACAGUGACCGGACGCGGGGACAGCAUCAGAGCACCCGGGCGAGUGUCGGGGGCCGCGGGCCACUUGGGAAGUCGCGCGCCCAGCGCCCACGCCGCGCCCUCGCCCCCGCGCGCGCCCUCGGCCCCCGGCGGCCGCCGCGCGCUGCGGGAGACGCGGAGCCCGAGGACCAGGCGCAGCCGCAGCCGCAGCCGGAGCCCGAGCCGCGGGGCGGGCGCGAAGAUGCACACGACCCAGAAGGACACGACGUACACCAAGAUCUUCGUGGGAGGGCUGCCCUACCACACCACCGACGCCAGCCUGCGCAAGUACUUCGAGGUCUUCGGAGACAUCGAGGAGGCGGUGGUCAUCACCGACCGGCAGACUGGCAAGUCCCGCGGCUACGGAUUUGUCACCAUGGCUGACCGGGCUGCUGCCGAAAGGGCCUGCAAGGAUCCCAACCCCAUCAUUGAUGGUAGGAAGGCCAACGUGAAUCUGGCAUACUUGGGAGCAAAACCAAGAAUCAUGCAGCCAGGUUUUGCCUUUGGCGUUCAACAGCUUCACCCGGCCCUUAUACAAAGACCUUUCGGGAUCCCUGCCCACUACGUCUACCCGCAGGCUUUUGUGCAGCCUGGAGUGGUUAUUCCCCACGUCCAGCCCACAGCAGCUGCGGCUUCCACCACGCCGUACAUUGAUUACACUGGAGCUGCCUACGCACAAUACUCGGCGGCGGCAGCUGCAGCCGCAGCAGCCGCUGCCUAUGACCAGUACCCCUAUGCAGCAUCCCCAGCGGCGGCAGGCUACGUAACCACUGGGGGCUACAGCUACGCUGUCCAGCAGCCGAUCACCGCCGCUGCACCUGGGACAGCUGCAGCCGCGGCUGCAGCAGCUGCAGCCGCAGCAGCCUUUGGCCAGUACCAGCCUCAACAGCUGCAGACAGACCGAAUGCAGUAAACCAGCCAUCUGAUCCAAGUCAAAGGGUUUCUCUUUCCCUCCCAGUUUCCCAGUUUUUAGUAGAGAAUGUUAACGUUGACUUAAUAGCUUUAAAGGGGGAAAGCAAAGCUAUUGUGAAUCAGAUGCAUUACUUUUUUUCAUACUCCGAGUAGUGCUGCGGAUGAAGAGGGGAGAAUGGGAGGGCGAGAAGCAGUUUUUGAAGUCAAUCCCAAAGAGCCUGAGUUACACAGAGUAGCCACUAGGACAUGAUGGCAGGGGUAUCACUGGGACUUCACUUUUGUAUCGGGAUUUUUAUUUUUUGCUCUUUUUAUAGUAUCAGGGAAGCAAACUGCCUUUUCCAAGUUAGAAAAUGCUAUGUGAAUCUAGUUGAACCAGGGAAUACGGAGUGAGCAAUAUGUAGCUUGAAUUACGUGUAAAAGUAGAUUUUUAAAGACAAACAAGAUGGCAUCAGUGCUGGCUGUCCUUUGUUGCAGUCCCCCCACGGCCUGCAGAACUCUGUGGAGGCAGAAGGUAGUGUUUGCGUUAUCUCAAAAAUGGGCAUCGAACAAUCAGUUUAGAAGUAUGGCAGCGGGUACAGUGGUAGACAGGUACCAAAGCUAUUUUCUCAUCUGUCCUGUGGACUCGUGGGAUCGUGGAGCAAUUGAUACUGUACCAGCCACUCAGACAAUCAAUGGCACACACAGUUCUGGAAAGAGACCAUCACUUGUACUUGUAGGAGGAGCUUGUCACAUUCUGAUCCCUCUCCCCACCCUGUUUCACUUGGGGAUACUUUCAUCUGCUGGUCAGGCUUCCACCACCACCACUUUUCUAUUUAUUGUAGGGACUGGGGGUUAUGGGUAAAGGCAGGCAAAGUUUGCGGAUGCUCAACCUUUCGGGACUGUCUGGAGGGCCUUUAUUUUCUUCCCCUGUUUUAAAUAAUUCUACACUUUUUAGUAUCUAUUUCAGAGUCCUAUUUAAAACUAUUUAUUAGUGACUACAGUACCUAAGACAGCAAGGUUCUUGACAUUACAAUUCUUUGAUGGUUGAUGAUCAUGUACUUUAUAAUGUGCCUUAAUAAUAAUCCUAUUUAAGAUAUUUAUUUUUAAGUUUUACUCUGCUGCACUCUAAAGGAAGGAACUUUAGACGUGACACUGUAAGAUUAUGUAUUCAUCUCAUGGCAUAAGUUAUUUAGUAGGUCUAGAUGUAGCAUAUUAAAUAUUAACCUAUUCAACUCAAGAUGUUGGCUUGGAUUUCUUUAAAUUCAUAUGUGCACUGUUCAAGAGGGGUAUUCUUACCUGAACACAUUUGAGUUUAUUUUAGUCUUGAGAUUUUCUUUUUUUCAAACAAGCUCCAUUGCUGGUUCUGUGCUUCCUCCUCUUGAUUGUUCAACCCCUGCAGAUCUCAUCUAUCGGGAACUCAUGGCUUCCCCACUUUCCUGGUGUAGUGUACGUAGUUUUAAAAUACCGCUUUAUAUUUUCCUUCUGAAAGUGCGAUACUUGCAAUUUUUACUCUUAAACUAAAUUGAAUACUAUUUUACACUGUAUUGGACUUUUAUACUUGAAGAACUUCAUACAAGGGACAACAGGUUAGCGUUUUUAUGGACUUUCUCCAUUGUCACUGGAUUUAAGUAUUCCCAUAUCAGACAGUGGUAUGCAAUGGAGACGUGGCUCUCCUGUACAGAUUAUUUAUUUGUUGUGUAUAUCGCUUUAUAACAUUUCAGAUCUUCUAAUCUAUUCACUUGUAUUAAAUAUAAUUUUUAAAAACU